GCAUCUAUAUAACAGUGUAUUCACUCUCUCUAACUUCUCACACACACACAUAGACACUACUACUACUCUCAAUUAUAUUAUCAUCAUCAUUAUUAUUAUUAAUUUUGAUUUAAUUAAUAAUAAUAAUACUAAUGGCUUCAUCAAUUAACCAACAAGAGCCAUGGCAAAUGGAAAAUGGUCAACCAAAGGGACUAAGCAGAGAAGGAAGACAUGGGAGAACAGCACACAACAUGUCAUCUUCUUCUCUUAGAAAGAAAUCUGACAUUAAACUUGUGUCUAAAGUCCCUUGUGCCCUUCUUAGAACCUUCUUGGCUAAUCUUCAAGAGGUCAUUUUGGGAACAAAGCUUUCUAUUCUCUUUCCUGCCAUUCCUUUAGCCAUUGCUGCUCACUCUUUUGGAUUUGGAAGACCAUGGGUCUUUGCUUUGAGCUUGCUUGGACUAACUCCAUUGGCUGAACGUGUCAGCUUCCUCACAGAACAAAUAGCUUAUUACACUGGUCCAACAGUGGGAGGGCUUCUAAAUGCAACAUGUGGCAAUGCAACUGAGAUGAUAAUAGCAAUAUUUGCAUUAGCCCAAGGCAAAAUUGAGGUGGUCAAAUACUCUCUCUUAGGCUCCAUACUCUCAAACCUACUCCUUGUUCUUGGUACCUCUCUUUUAUGUGGUGGAAUUGCCAACCUUGGUACUCAACAAAAAUAUGACAGAAGACAGGCGGAUGUGAACUCGGUACUACUCCUGUUGGCGCUGUUGUGCCAGUUGCUGCCGAUGUUGUUCAGCUACGCCUCGGCUUCAUCGGCUGCAGUCACACUUGAGUCGACGCUGCAGCUUUCGCGAGCCAGCAGCAUUGUCAUGCUCAUGGCUUAUGUGGCUUACCUUGUCUUUCAGCUCUGGACUCAUCGCCAGUUGUUCGAAGCUGAAGAGGAUGAAAGGGAGGGUGAGAAUUCAUCGGAAGAAGAGGCUGUGAUUGGAUUUGCAAGUGGAUUUGUUUGGUUAGCUGGAAUGACUCUAGUCAUUGCUUUGUUGUCCGAGUAUGUAGUACAAACAAUUGAGGAUGCAUCGGACACUUGGGGUUUGUCAGUAAGCUUUCUAAGCAUAAUUUUGCUACCAAUUGUUGGAAACGCAGCUGAACAUGCUGGUGCUGUUAUCUUUGCUUUCAAAAACAAGUUGGAUAUUACAUUGGGUGUUGCAUUAGGAUCAGCUACUCAAAUUGCCCUAUUUGUGGUCCCAUUGUGUGUUGUUGUUUCUUGGAUUAUGGGAAUUAAGAUGGAUCUCAACUUUAAUCUCCUUGAAACCAGUUCUCUUGCCAUAGCUAUAAUUGUCACAGCUUUUACUCUACAAGAUGGAACUUCUCACUACUUGAAGGGCCUUGUUCUUUUGCUAUGCUAUGUUGUCAUUGGAGCCUGCUUUUUUGUAUCCGAAACCCCAGCAAGCAACAAUGGAGUUAAUCACAUCAACUUGGAACUCUUCAGAUCAGCUUAAAAAGAAUAACUUUUGGGAGGAAAAAAAAAUGGUGACUAGUGAUGAGGAAAAAAAUCAAAGCUCAAAGGUUCAUGAUUGGAAUUUGGAAUGAUGAUGAAAACAUAUGGAUUUGGAAAAUUGUGUUGAUAUUCUUUCAUUUUGAUUAAUUCGUCUCUGCAUAUGUAUGGUUCCAAUCGAUAUAUAUAUAUCACUUGCCGGAGAGCAACACUUGAAGUUCUGAAAAAUCAUUUCAAGGGGUGAAGCUUGAUGAGGGACUGGUGUGGCUACUUAUAUAUAUAUAUAUAAAUAUAUAUAUAUAUAUCACAAUAUAUCUCAUAUGUAUACAAGAAUAAUAAUCAUCUUUUUCAUCAUUUGUGUUUGAGUGUUUAAUAAUAAUAACUCAUACCAUGAGUUAAAGUUGUUUCUUUUUUUUGCUAGGUUUCUUCUUGUAGUGUCAGAAGUACUUUUUUGUUUUGUUUUUAUAUAUAUAAUUUAAUAUCAUAUUAUUAUUCUGUAUGGAGAAUAAAUGUUCUUUAUUCGAUAUCUUGUAGUGCCAAAUGUGUUAAUAAUGGAAUAUAAUAUUGGUGUUGUGUUUGGCUUU